UCACGUCACUGCUGUGUUUGUCGCCCAGUCCGUCUGCACUGUCUGAAACAGGUAAACUCCAGUUAACCAUUAUUGGUGAAACAGAGUGUUUGGCGUCCGUCUGUACUCUACACAAAUUCGAAGAGGAGGAGAGUGUAGUAAAGUCAUUCUCAAAGUGUGCGCGAGACCUAGUCGUUUUUGGUUCAUGUUCAUUUAAAGGACAAAUAUUUUUUACCAACUGCGACCUGCAGAACAACUCACCAUCCGGGAACUUUGUAUCUUGCACAAGAAGGUCACCUGCAAAUCUCAGAAUGAACUUUCUCUUGGAGACUCUUCGGUUGAUAGUGUUGACCAUCUGCUACCACCUAGAAGCCUUCUUAAAAGUGAUUGUCCCUCAGAGAAAGAAAAAUGUGUCUGGGGAGAUUGUGCUCAUCACUGGGGCCGGUAGUGGUAUCGGCAGACUGAUGGCCCUUGAGUUUGCCCCACUGGACGUCUCACUGGUGCUUUGGGACAUUAAUGUGGAUGGUUUGAAGGAAACUGCAAAGCAGGUUAAAGAAAAGGGAGUAUCAAGGGUACACUACUACCAGUGCGACUGCAGUGAUAGAGAAGUGGUCUACCGAGUGGCAGAUCAGGUCAAAAGUGAAAUUGGCGAUGUCACCAUACUAAUAAACAAUGCUGGUAUUGUCAGUGGUAAAAAAUUUAUGGACACUCCUGAUGCACUUGUUGAGAAGACACUCAGAGUUAAUGCAUUGUCACACUUUUGGACAUAUAAAGCAUUUCUGCCUGCAAUGACAAACAAGAACCAUGGACAUCUGGUCAGUGUUGCUAGUUCUGCAGGCUUAAUAGGUGUGAAUGGACUGGCAGAUUAUUGCGCGAGCAAGUUUGCUGCCGUGGGUUUUGCUGAGUCUAUGGCCCUUGAGCUGAUAGCUGCAGGAAAGGAAGGAGUCAAAACCACUAUCGUCUGCCCAUACUUUAUCAACACAGGCAUGUUUGAUGGAUGUGGGACAAAGUGGCCCCGACUGCUGCCCAUAUUGGAGCCAGACUAUGUUGCUAAGAAGAUUGUCAGUGCCAUUUUAACAGACCAAGUUUAUGUUUUACUUCCAAGGUCCUUAUACUUUUUAAUGGCUUUAAAGGGGUUCGUCCCAUUCAAGCAAUCAGUCAUUCUGGGUAUGUACUUUGGGGCCUUCAAUUUCAUGGACGCUUUCAAAGGACGGGAAAAGAAGAGGGACUAAAUGUAAUAGUUCUCUAAUUUUGAUACUUAAUAUCUUAACACAUUUUUCAUGAUUUGUAACUACCUCUGCCAAGCAGCUAUUACAGGGCCUCUUAUGGCAUAAAUCAUAAUAAAAUGGAGUCUGAAUUACA